UCGGCUGAAGCUAUCACAGUUUGCUUAAAAUGCAGUACUUAGUUAAAUUUUUACCAUUUUUAUUGGGCUUGCUGGUCCCUGGAAAUUUGGCUGUGGAUUCAGAAGUGGGUGCUGUUGUUGACAUAACACUUGCCCCCAAAACAACCUCGGUGACACACUUAAAUUCCAUUUUGGACUAUUUGGGAUCCACUACAGAAGAAAAACAGAAUAAGUUUACUACAACAGGAGAGUUCACUACAACAGAAGCAUACGCUACAAGAAAAGAAACCACUACAAAAGAAGGAUCCACUACAACAGAAGAAUCUUAUACAACAGAAAGAUUCAGUACACCAGAAGAAACCACUACAACAGAAGGAUCCACUACAACAGAAGAAACCACUACAACAGAAGAAUCCUAUACAACAAAAGGAUCCACUACAGAAGAAACUACUACAACAACGAAAACAUUUGACCUCAUUUCAAUACUUACACCCAAAAAAAUUACAAAAACUCCAGAUAAGUUAGCAGAAAAGUGUUAUCUGAAAAGCGAUCAGGAUAACAGCGAAAAAGGCUUAAAAAUGACGACUUACUGUUAUCGCUGCUGCUACAAUGUUAACGAAUGUGUUAGCAGAUGCCAAAAGCUUCACAAGGAACGUUGUUCCUGGAGUGAUUUUGCACCUGUGCAUUAAAUUAUUAAGAAAAAACCAACUUAAA